GGUUGCAACAUCAUAUCCACAGCUCUGCGUCCUCCACCGCAGUCGCCUUUUUUAAUGCACCAAGCAAGUAGAGAGAAUAGCGCUGGAAGAGCCGCCGUUUGGACUUAACGUCUUUUGGAAAUACUUUACGCACCAGCCGCUCCUCCAGAUAGAGACCUGCGCCCAGACGAAGAAAUGAGAAUUACGUCCUGAAACCUUCGUGUUUCUAAAUGCUGCUUUAGAGUGAGGACGAGUGAGGCACCAGCCAACACAUGGAGUCCAGGGUUCCCCACCACAUCCCCGGAGUGUCCUCUACCCUUAUCUCUCAGCCUUUGUUGGACGGUCGAGUGCCCUAUGGUCGACUUCAGCAUCCUCUCACCAUUUAUCCCAUCGACCAGAUAAAGUCUUUGCAUGUGGAGAAUGACUACAUUGACAGUCCAGCUGUUGUGGCUCAGCAGCCUCUGAGUCAAAAAUCUGCAAACCGAAGAAUCACCUGGCUUGGUCAGAAUCAGGAGGCUUUUCUUGGGGCAAAUCACAAUCAACAUCACAAUCACCAGCAUCAGUUCAAUCAGCAGGGCAGGUGCGAGCCUCACUCCCACCAGGACAACACCACCCAUCCUUGGAUUUCCUUCAGCGGCAGGCCCAGUUCUAUUAGCAGCAGCAGCAGUACCUCUUCUGAUCAGCGGCUUUUGGACCAUGCAGCACCGACUCCGACAGUGGACCAUCAUCCAAACUUAAACCCUCACCAGGGCCCCAUCAACACAAUCACAACCCGAACUCCUGGCUCUUUCUCUUCCUCUGAAUCUAAAGGCCUGACCUCCUCUUCUUCCGCUUCCUCCUGUUCCUCUUCCUCAAAAUCUCUUGACCUGAAGUCUGCAAAGGUUCCUGCCGCAGACGUGUGCUUGGCUAGGGUUCAGCAAGGAUUGGCGCUUAUCCCUUCUUCUCCAACUGAAAAGAAGCACCUGUUUGUCUGCGAGCACUGCGGGAAGUGUCGAUGCACUGAGUGCACGCUCCCCAGAACCUUACCGUCCUGUUGGGUCUGCAACCAGGAGUGCCUGUGCUCAGCUCAGAGCCUGGUAGAUGCAGCCACCUGCAUGUGCCUAGUCAGAGGGAUCUUCUACCACUGCACCGAGGACGAAGAUGAUGAGGGCUCCUGCGCUGACAAGCCCUGUUCGUGUUCACAGGCCAAUUGCUGUGCACGCUGGUCCUUUAUGGCCGCUCUCUCUGUUGUCUUACCAUGCCUAAUCUGCUACCUACCGGCUACGGGGCUGGCAAAGCUGGGACAGAAGUGUUAUGACAAUGUUAGUAGGCCUGGCUGUCGCUGCAAGAACUCGCAGGCUGCUAUGAGCAUCCCUGUUAGUAAAAACGGAGGGGUGGAAGCAAAAAUUGGAACAGAGAAAAAGCAGCAGGGGUCAUGAUAGUGGACCAAACUAUCUGGCUGUGGACUUACGAGAAAAUGGACAGGUUCCUACUAGUUUGAUUACAAUAGACCGGACAAUCCAACACCAACCCCAUUACACCACCAUAUUUACCUGGUGGAACAUGACUAAUAAAACAACGGUACUUAAAUGGUUUCUCGACCUAUGUUCGAUUGUGUGGAUGAUCAAAAUGGGCCAUUUGAGAGAAAUGGUUAGUAUGAAAGGCUGACAGGUUCUGUGAGAGAUUUUUGUUAUUGCGUUUGACAAGAAAAAGAGACUGGAUUGGCGUGUUUGGGUUUUGCAGAAAAUGGUUUAAGGCACAAUGUCAUUGUACCUCUCUGCUGCUCAGUAUUUUUUAGCUUUUUUUUUUAACCCUAAACAAACAGAAACUGGUUGCUGAAACUCAGAUUGCUAAAGGUGUCUAAUUCCACAAUCUAGAAAAGCACAGGUCAGUUUCACACCGGAAAGCGAGGAGGUAACUGGAGAAUACUGUGGCUUUUAUGAUGGGCAGUGAGAACAGUCAAGAUAGCGACACUCAAUCUUUUAAUUUUGCAGUUGUGCUUAAAUAUGCUAGCCUGGUAAUAUUUGAGCUCUAGAUUCUUAUUUGUGGGAUCUGUCAAAACAACCAAUAAUAAACCUAAUAUAACAGUAAUUUCCUAUUUUGAAAUUUGUGUGUAAGAAAUAAUGCAUUUCUAGUAGUUUUCAAUUAUUUUGGCUAGUGAAGCAUAGCUUUUCUGAAAUAUUUUGAAUGCUGUUCACUGCUCCAUCUCAGAUAUAAUGCAUGUCACGAUCUGCAUGCUCUAGUCUAAUGGUUAACCGCCGCGCUAGAAGUGGAUUUGUAAUAGAGAAACAUUUAUAAAAAAAGAUUUUAAAAAGUCAAGUACAACCAACCUUCUCAGGGAUAGUUAUUCAGUAAUCUCCUCUUGAACUUGGCCUACUGCAUGUUGAAUUUUAAAACUGCCGAUAAAAGCCCAAUCUGCUUCCUCUUUGCACAAAAAAGGCAAAGAAAACAUUUAAAGGGCGAAAAAGGCAAUAGUGAAUAACUUCUAUGAGUAAGCUAAGUCAGAGGUAAAUGGGCCAUACAUUUUUUUUAAUUUCCUGAAGAGAAAACAAUGCAGGUAAAGAGAGUGAAGGUAAAGGUAAGGUUUAAGAGAAAAGGCUUAGUAAAAAGUUUAUAAUAGCUCAGUCUUUGUCAAAAUCAAACCGACAUUUGCACAACUUUGUUUUUAGGACCCCCCC